CAAAUGUUAUCGGCCCAUGUGGUCGUUAACCCUCACUCUGUUGCAAUAUCAUUUGUCCCCUAUUAUCAUAUAUUUAUCUCCUAUUUAUGUAUGCAGAAGGUUGUGAUGAUUCCAUUGCUAUAUUUUGUUAGGCUAUCAGUGUUCUAUUUAACAAAUAAUUUCGUAGCUUGCAACCUGUCUAAUCACUUAUCCUCUAAGAUUGUAUAGACUAGAGUAUUUAGGAGCACAACAUGGGUGAGCCAUCUUGUAUGGCCAUCAUGGAUGAGUGCCGUUAUUUUGGACUCUAGGGGCUUUUGGAACUUAUAAUUAAUCAUUUCAAUCAGAAUAUGUAGAUCCCUAACAUAUAUUAAUUGUUAUGUUUCUUUUUUAGUAUGGGUUCUAGGUAUCAGAUAGAGUAAGUAGGCAGCUUUGAUAGUUGCUGUAUUUCUUGGCGCUGGUGUCUCCGAUCAAGCAGGGUUCCUGCGGAAGAAGCAUACUAUUGCAUCAAAGAUUUUCCUAGAGAUCUCUAGCAUUUCACUGUUACUAUUAUCUGUAGACACUACCAAGCUACCCCGAGUCAACCCUACAAUGCUAUAAAUUCUGCUGUCAGGUCAUACCGGCGGGAGUAAACUCUCCUUCGUAAGUACUCACUCCUGUAAGAAUUGAAAUAAAGACGCAAUAGGGUUAUAAAAGCUUGCUCGUCUUUGGGUGAGAUGUCAUUUCACAUCACAGAGGAAUUCAAUGGACUGCAGGAUUCCAUUGAAGAGCAAAGGGCAUUGAGUAUACAUGGGUACGGCCAAGCCGGCCUGGCCGCGCGGUUAAAGACACCAUUUACCUAAAGUGGCUCAUCUCCUAUUUAAGAUCCAUUUACUCACAUAACCAGUGGCACAUUGAUGCACUAUACUUAUUUUCGCUGGAUGGAACCCUUCAUGCAGCUGCUGCUCAUCAGUAAAGGGCGUUCAAGAUGUUGACACUGCGCACACAGCUAUUGCCAAUAGCAUGGUGUUGGCAGCGUCGCCAUGAAUACACCCAGAGGGCAACCACGAAAAUAAGAGUAAAUUUGGCCUCACAAAUGUGUCUAGCUUCCCACCUUAUAGAUUUCCCCUGUUUUCCUGUAGUACUAAGAUCACAAGAAGAGAGUAGGGUUGGAGGGAUGUGGAAGGAAGUAAAGAGAGGAAGAGGACGGAGGGACCUUGCUGUUGCAUUAAUAGCAAGUAAAUAGAAGCAUUGACCUCUCCUCCUAUGCUUGGAACCCCUCCUAUAUAAAGACCUUCGGACCUUUCAAAGUCCUCAACCAAAUACACAUCGCAGCUAGCUCAGCUCUUCCUCUCCUCUCCUCUUCACGGGAUUCAGUGUGAUUGUCUGUGAGUCAUGGACCGCAGCAAUGGCAACGGCGGCGUGAGGAACGGCGGGAGGCUGGAGCUGCAGCUUAACCUGUCGCCGCCGGUGGGGAUGGAGGUGGACGGCCAUGACGACAGCGGCUCGUCGUCGCCGAGCUCCUGCGUGUCGUCAGACGGCAGCCCUGGAAGCAAGUCGCCGAUGGUGAUCGGGGCCUGCACCCGGUGCCUCAUGUACUGCAUGGUGGCCAAGAAGGACUACCCCACCUGCAUCAACUGCAAGCAGCCCUGCCUCGUGGACCUGCUGCAGAACGGCGGCGCCGGCGCGGGCGCCUCCGGGGACGGCGACAAGAAGCGCGGCAAGCGCAAGUGAAGAAAAAUCAACGGUGGUGCGGGCGCGUGCCCGUCCAGUGGAUGCUCACACGGAUGGUUAGCUCGAUCAGGCGAUGCGCGAAUCUUGGGGCUGGAGGAGGGAGUGACCGCCGUCGGAUCAUCCACUGGACAGGGUGGGUCUCUGAGUAGCAGGCUACUUAGCUUAAGUAGUUACUUUCCUUUGUGUUGCUGGGUUGCAAUGGGUUGGUCAGUUUAAUUAGCGUUAUUGCUAGUUUCCGAUUGGUGUUGUAGUAGCAGUGGUCUUCUAAGUUUGUAAUCCCCUGUUUGCUGAAGAAAUGCAAGACCUAACUAACGGUAUGCAGCAGCUAAGCUAGCGAUGGUUGUCUCCAAAUAAUUUGUACUAGUCAACUGUGUUUUCACCAUGUUUUUCUG